UUGGUGAACUCCCAUAGUUAUAACUUGCAUGAGAUUGGACUAAGGUGAUCUCACCAACUUGGAGAUGAGUUUGCAAACUCUUCUAGAAGCUGUGGAGUAUCUGGAAACGAAAAACGCAAAUUCGGGCACCGAAAAACGUGAUGAAAAAGUAAAAGUUAACGAACCUGAAAAUGCAUUUUCUCAAACUAAUGUUGCGAGCUUCAAAGAUGAAAAGAAGUCUCCUGCUACAAGUAAUUGUUAUGGUUCAAUCAACUCUGUGACAUCACAGCCUCCUUCUAUGACAUCAUCAAGCAAUCCAUUGUUCUCCCAAACACUGCCCCUCAACCUUGCUUCUUAUUUUGAUCCGAAUCGUAAAACGAUGACAUCACAACCGUCAAACUUGUACCAACAUAGAAAUAAUAUACAACCCAGCUCUACAGUGGCUCCAUCUCCUCCCAAACCAACGAACCCAUCGAACUCCAACUCUGAUACCAGCCAUAGAAAUAAUAUAUCUUAUGUUGUUCAAAACCAACCGGACCUGCAGUGGAUUGCAUCUAAGCAUAACAACAACUUCCCAGGCCACGCUGUUAUUCGGUCCACCAACGACAAGCCACCAGAGGGGGCUAUACCACUCAACUCUUUGCUGCCGUCACUGGUGAAAACAACUGAAGAUGAGAAAGUGUAUUGUGCAUUACAGUUCAAGCAAAAAGUGACUUUGACCCACAAUCAACUUGAAAAGAUAAGACGAGCUCACCUGAAAGAAUGUUUUGAAGCGUUAAAAUCCCAUUUACCAGGACUUGGGAUAAGAAGGUCUUCCAACCUGACAAUUCUCAAAGCUGCAAAUCGACAUAUCAAGAUCAUCGUAAAGAAAUGUCGGGACAAUUUGACGCUGAAAGAAAAGUUGAAACGCGAGAUUGAGUUGAAGCAAAAACAACUUAAUGUUUUAAUGGAUGAAUUAUCCCAACAUAGAGGGAGGGAAGCCGUUGACAAGUAUCUGGAGGAAGCUAUUGUUGUUGAUGAGAGAGAAAGGACAAUCUCAACUUCUUCUGUUCAUUCAAGUAUUUUGGAUGAUGAUCAGAAAUCAACAUCAACCGCAUCAGAAGCAGAAGAGCAACGUGCUUCACUCGUCAUCGCCCAUGAAGUCCCUGAAUCGAAGAACAAUAACUCGGCCCUCACUGCCGCCAACAUAGAAACCUUACAAGCCACUUAUUCGAUGGUUAAGCAGCGUAACGAAGUCAGCAAAGUGACGAUCAGUGAACCAACCAAGCCGCAUAAUGCCGCGAUAAACGACCGCCUGUUUAUCACUAACACUGACAAAGUGGUGAUGUCAGCCACGCCAAGUGUUGCAACCCCACAAGUGCAGCAACAUCGCGGGAAUUUUAACCGCAACCACCGCAAGAUAUACGGACAACCAUCGGGUCGAUCUGCUACCCCCUCUCCCCCUUCCAAUACUCUUUCAUUCUUCCCCCGUUUUACCUGUGGCGGAAGUGGUAGCCCCCCUUUGAAUGUCGGUACCUCCUUAAACACCACUUACUCGACCCCUAAAAUGGUGGCACGGAGGGUAAGCAAGGAGUCCGUUACCCAACCACCCCAAGCUCCUAACCCAGUGUAUAGAGUUUUAAACAACCCCCCAACCACACAACCAAAGAGUUUCCAAUCUACAGUAAACUCAACCGUCCAAAGUACGAAACCAAUACAGUUUGGCAACCAUCCUGGUCCCAGUGGUCCCUUACCUACAUUCUCAGGGUACCAAGUUAAAGUUAAGUACGUCCCCCCACCUUCUAACCCACAAAUGACCCCAAAUAACCCCGUGACUAUCAACCAAUCGAACGUCCCGAUGAAAAAAAGACAUUACAUCACAAUGGAGAACAAUACAUCACCCUCAAAACCAGUGAAGCGUGACGAUGGUCCAAAAAUGACAUCACUGUACGUUGGAGCAUCAGCGGGUUUUUUAGACCAAAGGACCGAGAGAGUUUCAGGCACAACGUCAGAUAAUGACGAAGACAGAGAUCCCUUAGACACAAAUCGUGGUCAAUUCCAACACUGGAGAAAACAUCUUAUCACUGAUCGUGGGGGGAAAGAAUGGAGAGAAUACCGAACCAAAAAGGAAGAAGGCAAGAAGCUUACUGUGCAUCAGUAUGAACCAACUAAUGUUACACAAGCUAAGGCUCAUAAUAAACCAAAGACGACUUUUGCUUUGUGGGAUAAGAAACACCAUGCGAUUUCAAUGAACACGAUACCAAGUCCCAAGUCGAAACCAUCCCCCCACUUAAUAGCGCCAAAGAGCUCGGCGACAACGACGCCAAACUCUGCCCAUGGUCACCAAGUUACACAGGUUUGUUACACAACUUUACAGAAAGCCAGCAAACCCACGAUACCAAACACUAUCGUAGUUAAACCACAACAAGCUGCUACGAAUCAAAAAGUCAAUGCUGUUGAGAUGAAAACAUCGAAAAACGAUUUCCAUCUCGUGCCAGCGCUCCCUAGCACCCAAGCAGUGAAGCAUAUGCUGCAAUCUUCGAAACCAACUGAAACCAAUGCAAAGAUGAAACCGAUAUCGGCCAAUCCGGUGCCAGCGUUUCAAAUCCAUACACACGCAUCACAAUCGAGCGUGGUAGUCCCAAAACAGUCAUCAAACUCCUGUCCAAUCACAACCCACGAUUUAAAUAUCGUCCAAUCAGCUUCAAUCCCCAUGACAACCAACGAAGGCACGGUUGCUAAGCACCCAGGGUUGCUAGCGCCACCCGGUGCGAUACCUUACAUGAUACCCGUAGCGUACGUUAUGUACCCUGGGGGCUUACCAACCGCGGGGUUACAGUUCACGACCCCUAAAUCGACAAACUCAGGGGGUUUCCCUGACCUGCUACCAAUGCAAACCUUUCAAGUUCAGCCCGCGGACCCGGGAUUGGUCCGAGUUGCACCUAAGCGCACAGCGACGCCGAAUCGGACACGUAGCGAUUCAACAAUGUCGUCUGACUCCACUGACGCUCCGGUUGAAAAGAAAUCAAAAACCCCACAAGGUGACACUCCUAAUAUGCGAGUAAUAACCCCAUCACCCAGACCUUCAGCCCCGUCACAGUUCGUUGUUCCCAGUAACUUCAUGCUCGCCAAUGGGGGCAACACGGUACUAGGCUACCCCAUGCCACAUUACCCCACCACACAGGGUGUACAAGCAAUGCAUAUGGGUGGAAUCACUAACCAACAAAACCUUGCCAGCUUAAACCAGCUUUGGCCGCUCAAUUCUGGGAUCGGGCUUCAGUUUGCAUCAUCUGGGGUUACCAUGCCAACAGUUGUUGCGUCACAACAACCCUCUCUAGCACUCCAAGUGGUCAAUAAUACUUCAAACCCUGGCCCAUCAUGACAUCAUAGUAGAUAUUAUGAUAAGUCAGAUAUUCCUUUGUUCUCGUUUAGAGUUUUUUUUUAUAUUAUAAACAUUUUUGUUUUGGCAAAAAUCUAAAAAAAAUUGUUACACCCAGCGCAAGGCAGCAUUUACACUAAAGUGUAGCUCGCCUCGAUGUAAAAAAAACAAACGAAAAAACAUCUACACCCAGCGUAGAUAUUUCUUUGUUUAUUCUUUUAAGCGGCGUUUACACUACAGCGUAGCUCGCCUCGGUGUAAAAAACAAACAAAAUAUAAUUAUUUCUUCUUAUUUACAGUAUAUGCGCAUUAAGGUACAUAAGCACCAAACCCUAAACAUAGUCUUGACUUCAUUCGUGCCCAUUUGUUGCCCAUCAGAGCGUUACCAAUAAGGGUGCUUUUAAUAUUUCUUUGCCUCAAGUUUCCCAUUACGAUAUUUUUGUAUUUCUUUUAAUCAUGAAAGAGUUUAUUUUCUUUGGCAUCAACCAAAGCCGCAUAUAUAUUUAUUAUAAUAAAUAUACUACCAACAAAAAUA